GUUUGCUCUACUCGUCUAGUUCAGUGUGGCUUUUUUGAAAAUGGUUGAAAUCACGCCCUUAGAGUCCAGAAUAAUUAGACAAGUUGAGUAUUACUUUGGAGAUGUAAAUCUGUCACGUGACAAGUUCAUGAAAGAGGCUGUUAAAGAGAAUGACGGAUGGAUUCCUAUGGAGACAAUGAUUAAAUUUAACCGUCUAAAGUCUUUGUCAGAGGAUGUUGAGUUCAUAAAGAAGUCAGUAUCCAAGUCACAGUCCGGGUUGAUUGAAGUAGGCGAAAAAGGUCUUCGAAGAAAUCCUGAAAUGAAAGUUCCUGAAACAUUUGAGACAGCUCUUAACAGCUAUAAAGAAAAUGGUGUCUAUGUUAAGGGCUUCUCUCCUGACGAGAAAUUGGACGAAAUUAUUGAAUGGCUUGAAAAACACGGUGGCAAAACCCUUGAUGUGCAUAUGCGUAGAUUUCCACGAGACAAAAAGUUUAGGGGAAGCAUAUUUGCUAUUUUUGAGAAGAAGGAGGAUUCUGAAAAGUUCCUGGCUUCACCAGAGGCUGCUACUUUCAAAGAAAAAGCUAUGGUUCGUUCAACCCAAAUCGAUUAUUGGAAACGCAAAGAAGAAGAAAACAAGGCUAAAGUUGCUUCACAAGCCAAAAAGAAAGCUGCACUUGAAGCUAACCAGGAAGCUCAAGUUAAUUCUCGAAUGAUUCGUGGAGCAUUACUUGAAAUCGUUGGUCUCCCAAAAGCCACAAAAAAAAAUGAUGCAGUUGAAGGGGAAGACGCUACAACUGAGAAAUUAAAAGAGUCGUCAGUGAAUGACAGUAAAGACUCAGAAGCACCAACAGUUAUGAACUUAAAACAGUGGUUAAACGAAAAGCUUGACUCAAGUACUCCUGUGGGAUGGAUUGAUAUCGAACCGUCUGAGGGAAAAGCUGUAAUACGAUUCAAACAACCUGAUACAGCAGAAAAAGCAUGGGCUAAAUUAAAAGAAGCAUUUGGCGAUAGUCCUGUUACUUAUUUAAACAGUGAAUUAUCAGGUCGCGUAAUUACUGGUGACGAAGAGAAGAAUCAGUGGAAAGUGAUCCUGGCAGCUCAGCAACAGAAAGCUCAGAAACGACGUGGAGGACGCAGUGAUGGAAGACAAAUUCGUAACAAACGACGUCGUACGAACUAAGUAAAAUGGAACAGAUUGAGCUCCACUUACUACUGACUUCAUUACUGUAUAUUCAUUAAAAAUAAACUUUACUUUUAAAUAUUUUCUUUCACACAAAUAAGAGAAGCUAUGUAAACAGCGAUCAUUUGUAAUGGAAAAUAUAUGUAUUUGGUUUGAGAAAGUGUCUUUUUCCAUGUUUAAACCCUAAAUUUACAUUUUACUGUUACCAUCUAUUGGGAUGCGCUUACAUUUUACCAUUGUUAAGAGAAUAUUCAUUAUGAAAGUUUGUCAUACUUCAUUAUUCGCCAGGAACUUUUUGUUUUCUAAUGUAAUUCGAAAGUGGCAUGAAAUCGCACAGUUGAUUGGUACAAGAGGCUAGUGAUACUACUGUAUGUUCAGUGUUAAGUAGCUGAGGCUGAAAUCAAACAUUAAGCCUAAUAGUUUGAGUUUGAGUGCUAUAAGUUGGUCUUACUGUUUGCAUUUGGACUCAACGAAAGUUACAUUUACAACUUGCAGUUGUGGAUAUUACAGCAUUGGUAUUUGGGAUAUGAUCGAUGGGUAUUAAUAAUCAAUUAUGCUUACGAGGUUUAGACGCUUUUAUUCAUGGAUCUCAGCCCAUUUUUCCUAGCCGUUGCAGUUUUUGCAUCUAAUAUGUGUGUUACUAAAUUGUAUUGGUCGAACUUUGAGGAUACUAUGCUCCCAAAUAUGUGAGUAAAUGUUGAGUUGUAUUUCUGAAGAUAAGCUGUAAUGUUUUCACAUUGGAACUAGUUUUCGUUGUUGAUCAAAGUUCAUCAACUAGUGGAAUGUGGAUCUCGAUGAUCAGAAAACGUUAAAUAUAAUAAGUGGAGAAACCUAUCAUUAUGUAUUCUCUUCAGUUAGUUCUCUAUCGUCUUUUUUUGCCAGAGUGUAGAUGUUUAUAUUUCUGUACCUUAAAUCAAGUCAUUCGUAUGAUUGUAUGUACGGCAGUUGAUAAACUUGUUUUCUUUACAGAUGGUUCGUCGAUCUUCAUAUGUAAAUCGUGAUUGUAAAAAUAAUAAAUCCAGCCCAAAUGAAAUAGUUCCUGUAUGCGAGUCUCGCAGAUCCCGUGUGAAAUCACUGAGACGAAGACCAACUAGUUCAAAUAGACCGCACUACAAUCCAUGUGAACGUCGUCGUCGUUUACAAACAAUGAUCCGCGAGGUCUACAAUCGUAUUCGGUGUGCUAAUUUAACAUCCAAGUGGAAUCAUGUAUUUGAAUUGAUGUCUAAGAACCGACGUUUGUUAAGCGAGCAACUGAAUUCUGCUCAUGCUGCUAAUCUCGCAGCUCGAUCUAUCACCUGUGAUGAAAUGUGGCCUAAUUCCAAUUCUGCCGAUCCACCUUUAUUAGCUGAACCGGUAGAAAUUCCUAAUGUCUAUAGUCAAUUCGGCAAAUUUGAGGCUCGAAUCGGUGGUGUAUCUUAUCGUGUUGCUAUUACAAUGAUGCCCCAGGUUGAUCCUGUGCCUUCCGUUUGUAUGUGGGCUCCUGUUCAACAUAAUUUCUCUGUUGAAGAUGAAACAGAAUUAGCUAACUUACCAUAUAUGGGUGAUGAUCAAGCUCAGGAAGAUGUGAAUUUUUUAGAAGAACUUCUGAACAAUUAUGAUGGUCAUUUACAUGGUAAUUUUCCAUUUGAAUUUGAAGAGUCACUUCUGGUACAAUUGGUUAAUGCAGUUGCAAAAGCAUGGCCAGAUAUUAUCGCACAAUGUGGAUUAAUACCAUAUACAAAUCAAAAAGGUGAACACCGACCCAUAGAUUUACCACAAAAUCCAAUUACAGUUGAUUCCUCAUCACAAGAAAUCGAUGCAUCAUCAAUAUCAUCAUCAGUAAUUGGUAUUGUUGACGAAACUGGUCUAGUUGAUUCUAAUUGUAAAUCAAAUGAACGUGUCUUGAAAAGAUCGAAACCAGAUGAAGAAGAUAGUGACGAAGUUUCAACUACAAAAAAAGGUCGUUUCACCCGUCGUUCAGGAUUUAUCGAAAUUAAAGAUGUUGAAGUAACAAUAAGCAAUAGUAUAAUACCACCUAAUAUCAGCGUUAAUCUUCCCGAAUUCAAUGAUAAAACACUGGUUAGUCUCCAUAAUAAGCUGAAAAUUGAAGACAAUAAUGAGGAAAUCAAAUGUGAACUGAUCGCUACCACACAACAAUCUCCGAAGAUAAGAAAUUCCGUUGAUUCACAUCAUAGUGAUCGUGAUUCAAAUUCUCCAGACCCUAAGCGUCUCAAUACCACUGGGAUUCCAGAUGGAGUAUUCUCUGCCAUAGCUGGAACAUUCGGUUCAUCAGAUGAUUCUAGUAAACUUCAGCUUCGAUAUAUGGAAUUGAAAGAACGUUCAAGUAAUUCACAACUGAACGAAGAAGCGUUGACAUGUUGUCCAAAUUUAGACAGUCCGAUUGAAGUACUGAAUGCAGUGAAAAGUGGUCGACAUCAAAUUCCUACAAGAGCUGAAGCUUUACAUUCAUUCAGAACGUUAUUUUGUCGUCGGUGUUUCAAAUAUGAUUGUGCUUUACAUCCUUAUAAGUCUACUCAAUCAAUGUGGAGUCAUCGUUGGCCAUUUGUUGCAUCAACUAAUGUGGAAUCAGAUGCUCCAUAUUGUGGUGUAUGGUGUGUUCGUCAAUUCACUGAUAAGCAAAACAAUCAUCAUCAUAAUAAUCGAAUAAAUGAGAGAGACUGUGAUUGGAACCCGGUUGAAAUAAGCCUUUAUCAAGUUUUAGCUCCAAUGUAUAUACCAUACGGUUAUUCUUCAUAUCAUUUAUACAAUUGGUGUUGUACAUUAUCUAAUCUUAUUGGAACUAAAAAGUGUUCAGAGGUGCUUAGCUAUGCAAAUACACAGAACCAUUCAACUCUUCUACUUCCCGAUUCUGGACAAUUAAGUCAACUACGUGUUCCUGGAACCGGUAUUGAAUGGGGUAGACGUUCAACUAGUACCGCAUCAUUAAAUGAUGGUGGAGAUUGUGCUGGAUCUGGAUCAUGCAGUGGAAGUGUUCAAGAUAAUGGUGAAUUCAACGAAGAAGCUGUGAAUAAUAAUGAAUCAUCGGGCUAUAAUUUACUACCAUCAUAUAGACGAAAACGUUCAAGGAAACGUCGUCUAAAAAAGAGCAUGUUAUUAGGACCACCAACUCGUCGUUUGGAUGAUGAUGAAGAUUCACAAACAAAUGGAUGUCAUCAAAAUGCUACAAAUGGUAAUGCUAAUGGUGUAGUCGCAAGUGGAUGCUUCGCUCAUCAUUAUCAUCCAUGUGAUCAUCCUGGUCAACGAUGUGAUGAUUCCUGUUCUUGUCGAAUAGCUGGAACAUUUUGUGAAAAGUUUUGUCAAUGUCCUCCUGAUUGUCCAAAUAGAUUUUUGGGAUGUCGUUGUCGAGGUCAAUGUAACACAAAAUUAUGUCCAUGUGUUCUAGCUGUCAGAGAAUGUGAUCCGGAUUUGUGUUUAUCUUGUGGUGCACAUUCAUCUUUUCGAUCUUUUGCCUCUGGAAAUUCUAUGGAUUUACUUUCACUACUUCAAACUACUUUACCUCCUGUUACUGGUACUUGUCGAAAUGUUGCCAUUCAAAGAGGUUGGCGUAAACAUCUUUUAAUGGCACCUUCUGAUGUGGCUGGUUGGGGUAUAUUUAUUAAAGAAGCUGCGGAGAAAAAUGAUUUCAUAUACGAAUAUUGUGGCGAGAUAAUUAGUCAAGAUGAAGCAGAUCGACGAGGUAAAAUUUAUGAUAAAACAAUGAGCAGUUUCCUGUUCAACCUUAAUCGAGAUUUUGUUGUGGAUGCUACGCGUAAAGGCAAUAAAAUUCGAUUUGCAAAUCAUUCAGUUAAUCCUAAUUGUCAUGCCAAGGUUAUCAUGGUGAACGGUGAUCAUCGAAUUGGUAUUUUUGCAAAACGUGCAAUUCUCCCCGGUGAGGAGUUAUUCUUUGACUACCGUUAUGGUCCUACAGAACAACUUAAAUAUGUAGGUAUUGAACGAGAUACAGACGCUGCAAGUGUAAUUAAUAAUCCUUUAUGUGUAUUGAAUACAUCUGGCAAUGAUAUUAACCCCCUGUGUUCCAAUAUACCUGUUAAUAACCAUAUUGAAAUUCCUUAGGAUUACAUAUAGACAUCUCGCUUGUGUUAUACGUAGCUCAAACAGUAUUAUAUAGUGGUUCCGAUUAUCGCACUCCUAAAUAUAACAAUGAAAAAUCAUUCAUUGGUAAGGUUAUUACUCUGUUAUGUGUGCAGGCCUGUGCACAUUGAUUGUGUAGAGAAUGUAAAAUGUUUAUAGUUGAUGUAUUUUUUGCAUUAUGAUAAAAUUUAACUGCUUUAUUUAUUUCUAUUUUAUGUGUUUCCGUUAUAUUCCUUGAAUUCUUUUGUCUAGGAUAAGAAAUAUAUAUAUAUAUAUAUAUAUAUAUAUAUAUAUAUAUAUAUAUAUAUAUAUAUUAUAUCACU